UGUUCCAGCGCGCGCCACCUGACCGACACGUGGUCGCCGCCGUUGCGCGGGUUCGUAGCGCGCCGCUCGCCGUCUGUCUACCCCGCUGUGCACGAGAUACACGAAGCAGCAGUGUAAAAAAUUUUGCUACGAGGCGGUGCACCGCCUGGACGAAAUACUAAACAAGUGGACAGUAGUUUCGAACUGGUCGUGAUGUUAAGAAUAGUGAAGAUACUGUCACACCGGCAGGACCGUUGCUUCCACUAAAGAGGACUGUAAUAAAAUACUGGUUUUUUUUCGGAACUGUUCCUGUCAUUUCAAAAGUGAACUAUACAACUGAGGAUACCUUACGUCAGAAGUGUAUGAAACUGUGCUGAUGUCAAACACUGAGACACCAUCAGAGCUCUGAUUCGAGGCUACAGCAGUAGUCUGAAAUCCAACGGAGUCAUGAAAAUAGGUGAGGGUCGCAGCCAGCAGCCGUCGCUGCCGCCGGUGGCGCCCGCCGGGGCCGAGGUGCGCAUGCGCCUCGCCGACGGCCAAUCAGCGCUCAAGGCGGCGACCUGCGCUCUCUCAGUGGAAGGGGCCAUCCGCUGCACCGUCCCCGGCUGCCGUUGCGAGUGCUUCAGCCCUGGGAAGAGCAACGUCAGAUACUGCAGCUCCUGCAGCCACAGCUGGGUUCCCCACGCGCUGGACAAGCUGGGAGGCAGGCAGCAGGCGCCGGCGCUGCCCGUGGAGCCGGUGCAGGCGAACGCCGCCUUCGACAUCGCGAGCCUCGUGCUGUACGGCUGCCAGGCGCUGCCCAUCAGGCUCAAGAUCCUGCUGGACAGGCUCUUCUCCGUGCUGCGCCGCGACGAGGUGCUACACGUGCUCGCCGGCUUCGGCUGGACGCACGAGGACUACGCCAGGGGAUACAUCCUGCAGGAAAUGCUCAGCAGUUCCUCGGAAUCGUGGACAAUAUGCAGUGCCGAAGAGGAACCUCUGGUGCUCCAGCAAUUCCUUCGAUUCGGAGAGACGCGAGCGGUCGCGCUGGAACUGCUACAGCAGUGCAACAAUAACAACAACAACAAUAACAACAGCAACAACAACCACAACAAAAACAGCGCAGUCGCGCUGUCGUACCGCCAGCAGAGCGACGGCCAGCGCAGGUCGCCUCCUCCGCCCCCGCCCCCAGCUCCCCCGUCGGUGCUGAAGACGCCACCAGCCGCCUUCCGGCUGCCGCCCCCGCUGCCGCUGCCGCCUCCUCCGCCUUGUACUGUGGCGGCCACCCGCCAGACUCAGGCGAUCCGGCCCAUCGACUUUCGCCUCCUGGGCGGCCUGCCCUCCCACUUUCCUCCUACGACGGCGCCUAGUUCUGGCUUCAUCAACUUCAGCCUCGCGAACCUCUGCCUGCCCAAGAUGAACAGUGCCGUGGACGUCCUGUCCCCGGGUAGCCACCAGAAGCAGGAGCACCCGUCCUCACUGCUCUUGCAACAGGUGGCCCAGGUGCGGCCGUCUGUGAAGCUUCUGGACACCGGCGACCAGGACAGGAGAUUCGGCGCCGACGAGAAUUCGCAGAGCGUGCUCAACCUCAGCCGCGACGCGGCGCUGCCCGACCGCUGUCACAAGCCGCCUCCCCCGGCGAUCACCGCCGCGACACUGAGCGCCGCUAAGCGACCUUGGUCGGCUGCCGCGGGACCGCUGAGUCUCGUCACGCAGCUCGUCAACCCGGCCACCGGCAAGAAGCGCGUCCAGUGCAACGUCUGCCUCAAGACUUUCUGCGACAAGGGCGCACUCAAGAUCCACUUCUCGGCCGUCCACCUGCGCGAGAUGCACAAGUGCACCGUGGACGGCUGCAACAUGAUGUUCAGCUCGCGCAGGUCGCGCAACCGGCACAGCGCCAACCCCAACCCCAAGCUGCACUCGCCGCACUACCGCCGCAAGAUGUCGCCGCACGACGGCCGCUCCGCGCUGGCCAGGACCCCACCCACGCUGGUCGGUCCCCCGGGGCUGCCCUUCCCUCUGCUUGCUGCCUUCCCGCACACCAACCCGGGAUUCGAUCUCAACGCAAGCAGGUUCGACGAAAUGAGACACAGCGACCUCACCAACAACAACACGCUGUCCUCUGAAGACCUGCCGCUUUCACUGAGCAGCAACCACCAGGAAAGCGACGAUGACGACAACGAGGGUGACGACGACGACGACAUCAACAUCUCCGUGGACGGAGAGCUGCUGGAAGCGGCGAGGGACGGCGAUCGCGGCGGUGACGUCGGCGACGGGCGGGUCCUGGACCUCUCCGACUCCGACAGCGGGUCGUCGUCCGCGAACGCUCGCUCCAGGCAGGAGGACGACGGCCGCCACCCGUCUGCCAUUCACCCUGGAGAGUGCUCUCCGGCGAGCAGUGUCGGCGAGAGGAAGUGGCCAUACCCUGUAGCGUCGUCAACCCCAGAGGCGGCUGCCGACAUGGAAACGGAGCCGAUACACGCCGAGGGAAGAGAAGAUCGGGAAACGGCGCAGCCGGACUCGAGUCCUGGAAAACCCGACGAGACGGAGAGGAUGGAUGUCGCCGAAGCGUUACCUUUGGUCGUGAGAAAAGAUGCAAAAGAUGAACCCAUGAAACUCGAAAGCACGACGGAAAAUUUUGUGCAGGGUAACGACCAAGUACAAAGCAGUAAUAAGCAAGAAACAGAACUGGGGGAAGAAGCGUGUGUAUCUGACCGUGAAGGACGAGAUGUUUCGUUUGCUCCCGAGCAGCGCUCCAUUGAUGACUGCAACGGAUCGGCAGAUGACGAUACGAGAAUGAGGGAGACUGGACUGGGGAGCCCACGACCGUCGAACAGCCCUGUCCAGUCGUGUGACGCCCUGAAACAGCUCGAAAGUCUUUCAAAUGGUCCAGUCGCGCAACACACCUACGGAGAUAGCUCCAGUCCGGAGCGGUCGCCCGCAUCGUCCUCCAACGAAUACCACAGUGACGACAACCACUGCUUCUUCGUCGAUCCCAGCGGGGCCUUCUCCGCUGGCGACGUUCCCCUCGACAAAGAGAACCCGCGUCGCUGUACGGCUUGCGGCAAAGUCUUCCAGAACCACUUCGGCGUAAAGACGCACUACCAGAACGUGCACCUGAAGCUGCUCCACAGGUGUACUGUAGACGGGUGCAACGCCGCGUUUCCGUCGAAGCGGAGCCGCGACCGGCACAGCGCCAACGCCAACCUGCACCGCAAGCUGUUGUCGACGUCUUCGUCGUCGACGUCGCCGUCGCCGUCGCCGUCGGAGCCCCAGGAGGCGCUGCUGCCGGCGGCCGCCUUCCACAGCCAGCUCAUCGCCAGACUGUACGCCGAGUCGCAGACCCUGGAGGCCGUCCUCAAGACGAGGGCCGUGGCCGAGCAGCUGCAGCAGCAGCAGCAGCAGCAGAUGCAGGAGCAGCACCACCACGGCAACCAGCGAGAGCAGUCGCAGCAGCAGCAGGCGCCCCUGCUGCUACCACCGCUCGUGUUCCCGGACCUGACGAACCUACUCAGGGCUCGCGUGAAUGGGCAGGCCUCCGAGACCAACAACGAAGCAUCUUUCGACCUACCGAGGCCAUAAUGCGAAACAUUCGGAUAUGUGACGAGGCCUGCCGUGCUGACCCGCAGGGAGGGACGAGCUUCCGUCCACUGGCCAGGUCCGGGGAUCGAGACCCGGGGCUUGGCAGGUAAUUUGCGGGAAUUAUGACGCUACGGAGGAGGCCACAUCCCCAAUAAAAGCUGGAGGAGACAAAACAUUAAUUCCUUAUGUUUCACGCCGGAACACAUGCAGCAGGUGUUGAUGAAUGUACCAGAGAAGACGACGUGGGACUCAUCUCUUGUGAUCACGAGAUAUAAUGACAGACUCUAAGCGUUCAAAAGAACGCUCUGCCUGUUUUUGCGUGUGUACAUGUGUGUGUGUGUAUCUGUGCGUAUGCACAAGUAGCAAGAAAUACGAACUGCUCAGAAACGAAUUUCUAGUCAUGAAGAUGGAAACGAUGAAGUCUAUUUUUAUAGAAAAAUGAUAUUCAGUUUUAUAACUCAUUUUUGAAUGACGCUUAAUGUUACCUAAGUAUAUUGAAGUUGUAUACUCUUAUAACUUCGCCGAAACCAGA